UUGGCGGGGCCCUGGCCAUGGCGGCUGGCGGGAAAGCAGCAGGGGGGACUGAAGGAUUCUCUCGUCCGUCUUUGGAUUCCGCCCAGUGUUUUGUGCUGUGUCCAAGUUUCACCCCUCCUCUCGGCCUGGAGCUGCAGCUGCAGCCCAGUGGACCAAAGCAGCAAGGAUGGAGAACCCAAACCUUGGGGACAGCUCAGCCCCCUCCAGCACCCCCAGAGAGAGCCUAGUUCCAGACCCGCCUUGGGACCUCUGCAAGGAGGAUGUAGCCGCUGGACUGGGAAGAACAGAAGAUGGAAAGGAACCAGUGAUAAGCAGCGAGGAUAGCUCCCUUCCCCAGGAACCUGCUGCUGCUACUCUAUCUAACGGUCCUGCAGUGACAGAACGCCAUGAGCCCCUCGUGUGUGGAUGGGAGAGAAUUGUGAAGCAAAGGCUGUCUGGGAAAACUGCAGGCAGAUAUGACGUAUACUUCAUCAGCCCACAAGGACUGAAGUUCAGAUCGAAGCGUUCACUUGCUAAAUAUCUUCUCAAAAAUGGAGAGACUUUUCUUAAGCCUGAAGACUUUGAUUUUACUGUGCCGUCUAAAGGGGGCAUCAGAUCCGAUUAUAAAGACCAAAGCUUGGUAGCUCUGACGUCGCAACAGUCGCAGCAGCCAGAGGAAAGCAGCAUUUCACACCGUAACCUCAGGACACGGAGCAAGUUGCAAACUGUGUUGCCUCCACCCAGUGGUAAUUCAGAGUCCCCAGGUAGCAGCAGGCUGUCCCACUCCAGAAAGCCCAAAAGAAAGGCAGCUGUUUUGAAAGGAAUUGGAAGUGAGAAAACCAAACAAAGGUGCAGGAAGAGUCUCUCGGACUCUGCACGAAGUGUCAGAAAAAGAGAAUCUGUGGUUCAGAAAGCAGGCGCUGAAAGAGAGCUGGUUCCACCGGAAUGUCUGUGCCCUGUAGGUGCCUGCGCCAGCCAAGGGACUGUCAGCGUGGCUGGGGAAGAGAAAGGCCUGGGGACAGAAAAGCCACCAAGUCCAGGGUCAGACCUUCAUUCCACACAAGUAGCUUCUGGCAUCACAAACAAAUUACAUUCGACGGAAGAAGCAGGUGAUGCGAACCGUGAGCAGACUUUUUUAGAAGCAGAGGAAAUCAGAUCAAAGGGAGACCAAGCAGGGGAGGCACAUUUGCAUAUCGAUGUUUUACAGGGUGACUCUGAAACACCCCGCUGCUCCCAAGCCAAGAAACGCCUUACUUCUGAGACACUCCGAGAAGACAGCAGCCCACGAACACAAGUAGAAAAAAGGAAAACAAGCCUGUAUUUUUCCAGCAAGUACAACAAAGAAGCUCUUAGCCCCCCACGACGAAAAGCCUUCAAGAAAUGGACUCCUCCUCGGUCACCUUUUAAUCUUGUUCAAGAAACACUUUUCCAUGAUCCCUGGAAGCUCCUCAUUGCGACUAUAUUUCUCAAUCGGACCUCAGGCAAGAUGGCCAUCCCUGUGCUUUGGGAGUUUCUAGAGAAGUACCCUUCAGCUGAGGUGGCCCGAGCUGCUGACUGGAGGGACGUGUCAGAACUUCUUAAGCCUCUUGGUCUCUAUGAUCUCCGUGCAAAAACCAUUGUCAAGUUUUCAGAUGAGUAUCUGACGAAGCAGUGGAGGUAUCCGAUUGAGCUUCACGGGAUUGGUAAAUACGGCAACGACUCCUACCGGAUAUUUUGUGUCAACGAGUGGAAGCAGGUGCACCCUGAAGACCACAAGUUAAAUAAAUACCAUGACUGGCUUUGGGAAAAUCAUGAAAAAUUAAGUCUGUCUUAAAACCGCCUGUGUGAAGUUUUCUAUGCAUUGCUUUGUGCUUCCAUUUCUAAGAGCACUAUGUACAAUGAGCUCCCUUCCCAGGCUUGUAGUUUUUUUUUUUUCAGUUAGUUAGAAGUCCGUUUGUGUAUUAAGCCUCUGCCACAAGUUGAUCUUAGUCAAUUAGUGUUGUAGACAUAUUUUAAACGUGAAAAAGUAACUGUUGGGGGCUGGAGAGAUGGCUCUGCGGUUAAGAGCACUGCUUGCUUGUCCAAAGGUCUUGAGUUCCACUCCCAGCAACCACACGGUGGCUCACAACCAUCUGUACCCUCUUCUGGUGUGCAAGCAUACAUACAGGCAGAACACUGUGUACAUAAUAAAUAAAUCUUUUUAAAGAAAAGAAAAAGUAACUGAUGGGAAAUGAUCCUAAAAGUGUGUUCAGUUUUUCCAGUGGUAAACAAUGUGUUGGUGCUGAGAGCCAGUUCAGCACUCCUGCUGAGGAAAGACUAAACAUGUACUCUCUUCCUGUACAGAGUGGUAUUAAGGUAUACGACUAUCAUAUGAAGAAAGAACCUGCCAUUCUUAUGGAUAUCACAGUGUCAUAGUUUAAACAAUGAUGCAUUUACCUUAGAAAAUAAAAACUAAAUUGACCAACACAUAGUGGUACCCACUGUAAUCUCGGCACUCAGGAGACUAAGGCAGGAGGAUGGAAAGUUGAGGGCCAGCCUGUACUACAUAGAGAGGAAGAAACCAAACAGGGCAGGGUAGUGAAGUGGCUCAUAAAAUAAAGUCACUUGCUGCUAAGCCAUAUGACCUGAAUCCAACUCCUAUGGGUUGACCUCUGACCUUCACUUGAACUCACAUAUUACAUAUCGCAUACAUAAGAAAAAUUUUAAGAAAUAGUCUGGAGAGAGAUGGCUCAAUGGCUUAGUAUGCUUGCUGCUCUUCCAGAGGACCCUGAGUUCAGUUUUUAGCACCCUGGUCAGGCAGCUCACAAGAGCUCCUAAGCUCUGACGCCCUCUCCCAGCUGCAUUGGUGCCUUAGCACGUGUGGCAGGUAUGCGCAUAUACAUGAAAACUAACAAUUAAGUCCUGCUUAUUAAACACUUUUAAGAUGUAAUUUGAAAAUCAAAUUAUACCUCUCCCCUCUCACAGCAAACAUCCACUCAUAAUUGCCACACCAACUCCAGUGUCGUCUGUGUGACAUGACAUAUGUCAUUAUGCCAGACGGGAGCUACAUAUCCCAUGGGACUAGGCUUCCUGGAGGUCAAUGGCAGACAGCCCGGUAUUGGCCGUCCUUGGGGCAUAGACAGGUUUUUCAAGUAGCUGGCUAUGCGGGAUGUUAGCUUUGCACAAUAUCUUUUAUAUCUACAAGACAAGGAUUAUCUCUUCAGGAACAGCUCUGGGAUAGGGAAGCACAGUAUGGGAAUGUAUAAGACUAGAGCAGAACCCUUGUCAUACACGGGGUGUAUGAUGAGCAAGGGAAUAGAUGGGUUAAUGUUGAUGGACAAAACUGUUAUACUUUGAACUUUAUGGAUAGGCUUGCUAGAUCCCAACCCCCAUGGUGUCUGCUGCAUAAAAAGGUAC